CCGCUGUGGAAGUCUGCGAGCGGCGGGGUUAAGCGCGUCGCCGCUGCUCCGGCCUAGGCGCGGGCCCGGGGAGCUGAAUCUGCACCUCAGACCUGGAGCUGCGGUCGCUGCCAUGGGCCUCCGCCUCUGCCCCUACCGCGCCGCACUGCUCCCGAGUGGCCUCCUGUUCCUCCUGAUGCUCGCAGACCCGGCGCUCCCGGCCGGACGUCCCCCACCGGUGGUACUGGUGCCCGGUGAUUUGGGCAACCAGCUGGAGGCAAAGCUGGACAAGCCAACAGUCGUGCAUUACCUCUGCUCCAAGAGGACGGACAGCUACUUCACACUCUGGCUGAACCUCGAACUGCUGCUUCCUGUCAUCAUUGACUGCUGGAUUGACAACAUCAGGCUGAUUUACAACAGGACUUCCCGUGCCACCCAGUUUCCUGAUGGUGUGGAUGUGCGUGUCCCUGGCUUCGGGAAGACCUUCUCACUGGAGUUCCUGGACCCCAGCAAAAGCAGCGUGGGUUCCUAUUUCUACACCAUGGUGGAGAGCCUUGUGGGCUGGGGCUACACACGAGGUGAGGAUGUCCGGGGGGCCCCCUACGACUGGCGCCGAGCUCCAAAUGAAAAUGGGCCCUACUUCCUGGCCCUCCGCGAGAUGAUCGAGGAGAUGCACCAGCUGUAUGGGGGCCCCGUGGUGCUGGUUGCCCACAGUAUGGGCAACAUGUACACGCUCUACUUUCUGCAGCGGCAGCCGCAGGCCUGGAAGGACAAGUAUAUCCGUGCCUUUGUGGCACUGGGUGCGCCCUGGGGGGGCGUGGCCAAGACCCUGCGCGUCCUGGCCUCAGGAGACAAUAACCGGAUCCCAGUCAUUGGGCGCCUGAAGAUCCGGGAGCAGCAGCGGUCUGCCGUCUCCACCAGCUGGCUGCUGCCCUACAACUCUACCUGGUCAUCUGAAAAGGUCUUCGUGCGCACACCCACAGCCAACUAUACGCUGCAGGACUAUCACAGGUUCUUCCAGGACAUCAGCUUCGAAGACGGCUGGCUCAUGCGACAGGACACAGAGGGGCUGGUUGAAGCCAUGGUGCCACCUGGCGUGCGGCUGCACUGCCUCUAUGGCACUGGUGUCCCCACGCCAGACUCCUUCUACUAUGAGAGCUUCCCGGACCGUGACCCUAAAAUCUGCUUUGGUGAUGGUGAUGGCACUGUGAACUUGCAGAGUGCCCUCCAGUGCCAGGCCUGGCACAGUCGCCAGGAGCACGAAGUGUCAUUUCAGGCACUGCCAGGCAGUGAGCACAUUGCAAUGCUGGCCAACGCCACUACCCUGGCCUAUCUGAAACGCGUGCUCUUUGAGCCCUGAUUUCUGUGCCAGGUGGGGCUGUGGGAUGGCUCGGCCACCGCUGCUCUCUUGGCUUGCGGGGCUACCAUGGCCCGUGAGUUUAGCAGUUUAUGACUGACCGUCUAAGGCCUUGGAUCUUGGGUGGUGAAACGCCUGCCACGGGGACAUGCUAUUUCUUAUCCUUCCUCUCUGCGAGUGAGGAAGAUAGAAGUAGUCUGGACUUACUUGAGGGACCCUUGAUAGAAAGAAUGCUGCUGAUGGUGGAAUUGUGACCUCAGGACUGGCUCUGCAGGUGGAUUGGCUGGCACCUAGCCCCAAUCCCCAGCUCUAGGGCCAUAUGUUCCUCCUACCCCUGUGGCCUUUUCACACUUGCUCACCAGGCCCUGGCUCCUCAACCUUCCUAUGAGGGGUAUUACUGAACUGUGGCCCCUAAGAUGGGCUUGUUGUCCCUAGGGUGAACCUUCUCACACACUGGCCACAGGUCAGCCUGCUGCUGGCCAUGGGUGACUGGAGCUAUUGGCUUCCUCGUGGCCUAGCUGCUCAGAUAGGCUGACUAUGGCUUUCUAGGGGCAGCCCAGUUCCCCCUGCAGGCAGGGGUGGGUUGUUGUGUUCUCCAUGGAUUCCAGGCCCUGGGGCAUUCACUCCUACCUCCUUUACCUCUUAGAACAGCCUAGCUCAGAUUGGGCAGCAGGUGGUCCCUGGUUCUGGGGGCUGUGUCCCAGGAGCCCUGAUCUCCUUCAUUGGGCUGUUGCCCACAAGACUGAUGCUGGCUCCCUUCGCCCUGGGACUGUGGUUCAAGCAGGAGAGCAGGGCCCAGUGCCAUGGCCCUUUGGGUAUUCAUGAAGAAAGAGAACUCAAGGAAGCAGCCAGGGCCAUUCCGAGCUGCCAUGAGCUGCCUUCUUGGUAACCCACCACUACAGUCCCACUCUGCUCAAGUGGGCUGGCACAGGGCUGAGAGGAGGUAGGACUCUUUCCUACUCUGCCCAGCACUUGUCCCCACCAGGCAGCUCAGUGGUGUUUUGUCAGCAGGGACUAGCCCAGAAACUUGAGUAGGCCCCUGAGAGCCAGGUGCCUUGGGGGUCCCUUGGGGGUUUUCUUUCUGCUCCAGAGGUGCUGCAUGGAUCUGUGCAUAGCAGGGAUGGAGAAUCUGGAUCUGCCUUGGUGGCAGUGGUCUCCAAGUGGGCAAUGGCUAUAGGCCAAGACUUGGGUCUAGCUUCUAGGGUGGGGCUCCAAAGCCACAGUCAGGCUGGACUGUGCUGCUGUCCUUCAAGGUUUCUGUGGAGUGGAAACAAGGUUUCUCUGUUGCAUUCAUACCCAGCAUCUGUCUCUCCCUUUGUUCUUGAGUUGUGGGCCCCACAUGGGGCUCUGAGCAGGCUGUACCUCAAUUCUGGCAAUAAAAGUAUUUCAGAUGCUGUAAAA